ACCGCGGCGCUGACGGACGGACUCUGCUCCCGAUGAUGGCCGCUUCUUUCCAUCAGUGCUGGAGGUUUACAUUCAACUGAUCGCUGCCUCCCUCCUCCUCUGCAACAGGAACAAGGGGUUGUGGUACUGAAGAAAAGCUGCUGGGGUCAGAUGUGCAGCGCUCGUGUCAGACUGAUGAACUGUGGCAGAAGAGGCAGACAAACGGGGAGACAGGCCACACACUGCUUGAGGAUGAUCCUGUCUGAUAUGCUGAGGACCAGAAGAGCUGAUUUGCAAAUUUCUGCAUCGCAUUGAAACGACCCUGAAAUGACACAAUGGACCGUGAGCAGCAAACAGGGAGACAGUCAGAGACAGAGACCUCGGGGUGAGUGGAUGUGACUGCUGAGGUGAAUGUGUUGAAUGCAGAUAAAGCACUGCAUGACCUAGACAGCAUGGGGAACAUACAAGAAAACAAACAAGCUGUUAAAAAUGUCUGGUUUUCUCAUUUACUUAGUCUAAUUUCUUGAAAUAGUGUCAAAAUUCUCAAAGCUGUAGGUGCAUUUGCUAAAAACAGCUUGUACAGAACAGCAUAAUCAUCAUAAUAAAUUACCUCAAACUUUUAUAUUAUGCUUCAAAAUAAAAAGUUGCUGCCCACAAAAUGAAAAGUUCCUUUGGCAUUGUGCAAACAAUAUUGGUCAAAAUGUUUAGAUGUUUUGAAAAUAUUAUUUGAGUGUGGCUAAUUGACUGCUAUCAAAGAAUGUUCAGAUCAGAUGCAUAUUUCAACAGGUUGCACUCACAUUUCCGUGAGAGAUGGUCACUGUAUUUUUAAUUGUAUAAAGUCACACAUCAACAGAAUAAAAACAAAUGUAACCCAGUGACAAAAAAGGGGUUCAAAUAUGUAAUGUGGGGUUAAAAUACCAUGUAUUAUUAUAAUGUGUAUAACGUUACUGUCAUCUGAACAAAUGGAGGAAGUAUCAGCCAAUCACAGAUGAUAGUUUGGACAAGUCCCUCCUCCAACUGAACUUGAUUGACAGAUCCCAACGCACCUGCGUGAGCGACCGUUUGUAUGGAAAAGAGAAGGAGAUGUGCUCGUGUGGCGGCUGCGGCGAACGGGAGAAAGAAGAAACGAGACGAACAGUAGAAAGUUAAGAGAGUUAACAGAAGUAAGUCAGCUCAUCGAAACACAAGUUAAUCAGAGAAGCAGCUACCGGGAACUUGGAAAGCGCUCAGCGCUGUACUCUCCUUCCGGCCACCUCGGUCAGGUAUUCUGGACAGAGUGAGCCUCUCUUUUGAAGAUCCCCUCCUGUGGAUGGCGAGCCUCCCAGCUGACUCUACCUGGAACGCAGAUUCAACUCGUGGAACACUCCACCUGGUGGUAGGGUGGUGCCAGUCACCAGGACUACACACACCCCAAGAGUCACGCCAUCCUGAGACACCGUCACAGGGACAGUCAUAAACUUUAAAGAAACCCCGGAUAAACGAAUAUUGAACAAGAUCACAGAACAUACAGACUUUAAAGACUACUGACAAAACAAAAGACUUGUUUAUUUUACAUUAAUUGUGUUAUUUAAAUAUUUGUGAGUUAUCUUCUGCAAUCAAGUUACUAAAGUUACAUUUUGCAACUCACCAUUUUAAUUGCGUACUUUCAUUCCUGGUUACUCCAGUCUGGCAACUUUGAAUUUACCAUUAAGUGGGUCAAACAAACACGGAAAAUAAUGUUUGCGGUAAAGCUUGAUCUCCUGUCGGUCUGGCGACGGGUUUUCGUGCGAUGCAACGUGGGUGAAAAUUUUCUUUGUGUGCCGCCCAUCAAUCCCCUGCUAUGUUCUGCUGUAAUGUCUUCACAAGACCUUCCAGCUCCAUGCAGAAAUAAAUUCCUCAACUAGAAUCAAGAAUACGAUGGAUGGAACACGGUGAGUAUCCAUGGUGCACAGCAAACUAUUCCCUGCCUAUACAUUCAUGUGGUGAAAGCUCACAUUAUCGGCGUGCCUCACAAAGCUUCUCUCACUCUCUGGGAUAAAAAUUCUGUAGAGGGUGUGCAAAAAUGUCACGAGUUUUUGGGUGUUCCAUGGGCCACUGUAUGUUGUAUACAUGUGGUGAUACUGUACCUGCUGCUGCAUCCCGGGGUUAAAUCGGGACACGAGAGAUGUCUGGUCAAGCACCACAUGCUGAUGGAAGUGGGAACAACAACAGAACCAUUUUCAUUAUAUAAUUGUUGUUCGCAUGAAUAUGUGUGUUAUUAAGAUAAUAACACAUAAUGCUAAGUUGGAAAGCUUAUUAUUUUUGACCGAAAAUGCUAAACAAUAAUUGUUUAUUUUAUAUUUAUAAUAAUGUUAAGAUGCCUCCAGUCUACAUGACUAGACGGCUCUGUGCCGGCAGGGAUAUUUCGUCCUAGAGCCAAGCAGGACUCAGGAAAACAAUGAUUGUGAAACUGUUGUGACAUACAAAAAAUACAUCUGUUACGCUUGUUACCUACUACUACUUACUAUUCUACUCAAACACAUUUAAUAAUCUGUGUUUGGCCUUUCAUGCGAACUUAACAGAUAUGUUUUGGUUUGAUAAACGCACUGAAGUGUCAACACUGUCAUUAAAGGCUCUUUUCCGGAAAAAAGUACAUCUACUUCGAUUUGAUAAAAGCUUUGAGAGAUAGAUAUAUAUUACCUGAAAAUACUCCAUUACAACUGCAUUACGUUGAGUGUUACAAGUAGUGCGAUAUGACCAGAUACAUUUACUCAAGUACUGUUUCUAAAAUUAUAUUAAUAAAUAUGAAAUUAAUAAAAUACUCCCAAACACUGUUGCUUAAGAGUAUUGCCACAGAAAUAAAAGGUCAUAUCCAUCCCACGACAUAAAUAUAAAAAUAUUCUAUUACAACUCCGUGAUGUUACUUAACUGUUGUAGUGGUGACCAAAUAAUCUACUCAAGUACUAUAACUAAAAUAUGUUGCUAUUGUGUUUCAGAGGCAAACAUUUGUAUGUUUUACUUCACUGCAUUUAACUGGAAGGGCAGUUGUAACCGGUCACCUAACCAACAUAGUACAUUAUUAAAGAUACUCCAAAUGGUAUAUUCUUAUGUCAUUAAGUAACUAGCAACAGUAUAUUAAAUAAAAAACAGCUCCACCUUAGAGCAAACUAGAAAAUAAUGAAAUAAUGUGAAAGGCUGUGGUUGGAGACUGCAUGCCUGUGAUGCUGUCGUGAUGGCGCCCAGUGAUGUCUUACAUCAGUGGGCAGUAUAUUGAAGUGUGUGUGCUGUAGAUAUUCAUCAUCAUGGACGGUAAUGUCAGAAUGACCACCACCAAUCAGUCCGUGGGAGCGCUCCUCAGGCGACAGCGCAGCCGCCAGUUUAUUCAGCCCGCUGCACAUCAGCCCGUCGGUCCAGGAUAUACUGUGCGCCGAUUGGCCCAGACACCCUCGAAUGAUCUGCUCGGAAUUUACACUGAAUGAGGGAAUGUGUUGCUCAACAUACUAGCAGGGGAAGAGGAUGCAUUUUGGGGAAUGUUUGCGAUAAAAAUGGACCUGAACGGAUCGGGGGCAAAUAAAGUUAUCUGCUCUGCUGACGUGACCGGGACCCGGCGAGUGUAGCGCAAAAAAUCAGGAAACUGUAAGUAUGAAAUAUUUGUCAUGUUAAUGUGGGCCUGCAAUCUAGACAGUCUGCCAUCCGCUAUCCGCGAUUACUGUGAGCAUUCAUCAAUGCACCGUCCAUAAACGCUAUUCAAUUGAUUGUUUGUGGCUUCAUAAGCAUGUCUGUCCUGUUUUACACGUUGAUCGCACAUUAUGAUGAACUGCGCCCAAAUGUGCUGUUAUGAAACCACACGCCCUGGCUUCGCACGUUACAGCCUGAAUACUAAUAUAACCGGAAUUUUAUUUAGGGAUUUUUAUUUCUACAUUGAUGUUUCAUGUCGUUUCAUGUCCCUGCUUCACCCCCAGCCUCCUAGUUGUCGGAUUUCAUCAUCAAUUAUUAGUGAAUGUCGCACUGCUCUUUGUGCCACUUCACCUGUGCGUUAACCAGCUCGAUGUUUAAAGCAAAGGGAGCAACAGGUUAAAAACCUCCUCAUCUGGAGCAGUGGCAUAGGUAGAUAUAAUUCUUUGGAUGGGCCAGCACCGAAGUGGGUGGGCCAUCUUUUCCCACAAAGAGGAACUCACAAAAACUUUGAAUUAAAAGUAGGAAAAAGGGGGGUAAACAUAGGAAAAACUUGAAAUAGAGCAAGGGAUUUGCUACAAUCUGCAUUAGGAAGGCAGUAACUUGAAUUUUAUUUAUUUUAUUUUUCAAUUCUCUUCCCUUUUUUUCUUCAUAAUGCUAAAGUUGGCUGGGCGGGGCCAAUGACUGGGCGGGGCCAAUGAGUGAUGUAGUUGGGCUGUUGCCACCCAGGCUUGUUACUCUUAUGCUCUGAUGACUGUUCCCUGUGGACAAUCUGUGACUUUCAGAGGAGUGUUAAACAGAUCAUUUUUUUACAUCCAGGUGUAAGAGUUUGUGGCUGAGAGGCCCUGCAGUGCGCAGGUGGAUCACGGCCAGACACAGCAGUGAGGUGAAGAUGGGAGGUGGAGGCCAGCUGACGGAGCAAGGGGAGACGGGCAGCAAGCGAGCCGGAUGUGUUUACACCUGGGAGGAGGUGCAGAGCCACAGCAGCAGGACCGACCAGUGGCUGGUCAUAGAUCGGAAAGUUUACAACACUACUCAGUGGGCCGAAAGACACCCAGGAGGGUUUCAUGUCAUCAGCCACUAUGCUGGACAGGACGCCACGGAGGCAUUUACUGCUUUUCAUCCCGACCUAACGUUUGUCCGGAAGUUUCUGAAGCCCCUGCUGAUUGGAGAACUGGCGGCAACAGAGCCCAGCCAGGACCGAAACAAAAAUGCAGCACUCGUACAGGAUUUCCACACUUUACGUGUCAAGGCAGAGAGCAAGGGUCUGUUUCAAGCUCGGCCUUUGUUCUUCUGCCUCCACCUGGGUCACAUUGUGCUGCUGGAGGCCCUCGCCUGGUUGAUCAUGUGGGUCUGGGGAACCAACUGGAUACUGACAUUUCUCUGUGCACUCUUGAUGACAAUUGCUCAGUUGCAGGCUUUUUGGCUGCAGCACGACUCUGGCCACCUGUCUGUCUUCAAGCAGUCCCGCUGGAAUCACUUGUUGCAAAAGUUUACUGCCGGCCAUUUGAAGGGAGCUUCUGCCAGUUGGUGGAAUCAUCGACAUUUCCAGCAUCAUGCUAAAACAAACAUUUUCAGAAAGGACCCUGAUGUCAACUUGUUCAACAUCUUUGUAAUUGGUGCCACUCAGCCGGUUGAGUAUGGCGUAAAAAAGAUCAAACAUAUGCCCUACCAUCGCCAACAACAGUACUUCUUUCUUGUGGGACCCCCACUGCUCAUUCCAGUUUACUUCCAAAUGCAGUUAAUGAACCACAUAAUCUCCCGCCAUGACUGGGUGGAUCUGGGUUGGUCCAUGUCCUACUAUCUUCGCUUCUUCUGCUGUUACAUACCCAUGUAUGGCCUGUUUGGCUCCGUGGCCCUCAUCAUCUUUGUCAGGUGUCUGGAGAGUCACUGUUUUGUGUGGUUGACUCAGAUGAAUCAUCUGCCGAUGGACAUCGACCAUGAGAAACACAAGGACUGGUUAACCAUGCAGCUACAGGCCACCUGUAAUAUUGAGCAGUCCUUCUUCAAUGACUGGUUCAGCGGACACCUCAACUUUCAAAUCGAACAUCAUCUGUUUCCUACUAUGCCGCGCCACAACUACCACCUGGUGGCCCCACAGGUCCGUGCACUGUGUGCGAAAUAUGGGAUUACUUAUCAAGUGAAGACUAUGUGGCAAGGCCUCGCUGAUGUCUUCAGGUCACUGAAAACCUCAGGAGAACUCUGGCGCGAUGCAUAUCUCCAUAAAUGAGAGGUUAUUCCCUACAGUGUACCUAAAGGGAAUAAUGUUUUCUGCUCUUCCGCAUCACUAAUUGAUUGUAUCUGUUUGGUUUUAUGAUCCGGUAAAGUGUGGGAAUGUUCUAUUCUUUACGUUAUUGUUAUUGUUAUGUUAAGUGAUGGCUCACCUAUCAGAUUGUGUGCAGGAUUUAUUUUGGUGUUCAUAUUAUCCAGAUUACCUUACAGUAGCUCAAAAAAAAGUAACAUACAACAAUGAAAACUGAUUGUGAGUUAUGUAAACUGAUGUUUUAGUUUUUAUCUAUCAUGUGAUACCGUUUGAACAAUAAAAAAAUGACAAUUACGCUGACAAAUGAAAACUCUGAUGUAACAGCGUUAAAUGUUCUGCACUUGUAAUUGUCUUAAAUCAACAAAAAAAAAACGCUUUUCUUCUGAUACAACAAUAAAGAAACUUUUUUUCGUC